AUGCCGCUAGAUUGGCUUCUUGUUUGUUUAUUCCGACCAUGUGAACAAGAGUCACUGAUUCUUUCUUUUUUCUUAAUUAAAUCUUUUAGUGAAGCUCCAGAAAUUAUCACAGCGCUUCUCACUCAUGCUGCUGUGAAGCAAAUCACUGAAAGAGAUCUUUCUACCUACAGAACUGAUGAAUCAGAGGAUACUUUGCUUGAUGCCCCCAAAAUUGCCAAAGAUGUUAUAAACAAAGUUAUAGAGGUUUGCAAGCAGUGGGACAGAGAACCUCCAUGCUUUUAUAGAUCAAAGAUGCUGUAUGAAUCAUAUGUUCAUGCCAUUAAAAACACAAGGAGGAAAAUGGAGGAUAAACAUGUUAUCUUUCCUCAGUAUAACAAUAUGUUUGGAUUUCCACAGGAGUACACGAAUCAGGCCUUCUUUGCUGUUUAUGAUGGCCAUAGUGGAGUUGAUGCUUCCAGUUAUGCUGCCACCCACCUUCAUUGUCAUCUGGCAAGAAACAAAAACAUCGAUACUGACCCAACAUUGGCUUUGAAAGAAGCAUUUGAAAAGACUGAUGAAUGCUUUGUUGCAAAGGCUAAAAGAGAGGGUCUUCGAAGUGGUUCCACAGGCGUAGCUGUUCUUAUUAAGGGUGAAACACUUUAUGUUGCCUGGUUAGGAGAUUCACAAGUUGUACUAUCCAAAGCUGGACAGCCUUGUCUAUUGAUGAAUCCCCACAAACCAAAUAGAGAGGAUGAAAGACAGCGAAUUGAGGCCCUUGGGGGUUGUGUUGUAUUUUUUGGUGCUUGGCGUGUAAAUGGAAGCCUUUCUGUAUCACGGGCAAUUGGUGAUGCUGAACACAAGCCUUACGUUAGUGGAGAGCCAGAUACUAACCAGUUUGAUCUUGAAGGUGACGAAGACUUCCUGAUAUUAGCAUGUGAUGGCUUGUGGGAUGUUGUUAAGCCAGGUGAAGCUGUUGAUUUAGUGGUCCAGCAUGUAGCAGAAGGAGGAGAUAGAUCAUCUGUUGCUAAACUUCUUGUGGAUUCUGCCAAAAGUGGAGGGUCUAAUGACAACAUCUCAGUGGUUGUUGUUUUCUUACAUUCUCACAAGAAAGAUGUUCCUGUGAAAGACAUAUGUGAUAACUUUGUGAGCACAACAUUAGCUGAUGUGGAGGAGCACAUUUCCUCUGAUGAGAAAGUUACCAAUUCUUCAGAAAAUGGUACUAGUGAAAAUAUUAAUUCCGAGAACACGGGUGAAAAGUCACUAGUACUACCUUCUAAACUCUCAACAAACUCUCCAAACAGCUCAUGUGAAGAAUCACCAAGUUGUAAGGAUGGCAAUACACCUGAAGAGCAGAAUUCACCAGUACCUCACUGUAGUAAAUCAUUCCAAUCCACUGCUGCAACAUAGUGCCUCAGUACUAAAGGUGGAUCAAAAGGCUUUCUGUAAAACUGUGAAGACUUGUUGCUCAAAUACAGAUAUUAUUUUAAGAGCAAACUUUUACAAUUAAAACAAUGACACCAAAUUCUCUAUGUAUAACAAUACUGUGAGCUUGAGGUUUCUACUAGCUGGUAGUUGGUGAUGGAAAGCCCACAUGGCAAUUAUUUACAGUAAGUUAAAAGAAACUGAGAGUGAGCAGACAGUGACAAUAUUUUAGCGUAACCCAGUGGCUGUUCUGUAACAGUGUUAAUAUAGUAUAUCAAUAUCAGAUUUAUUCACAGCUUUUUUUAAGGUGGCUGAAAACAGUUUCCAGCAGUUAGAUUUUGAUAGGUCAUUAUAACAACUCUUUAUCACUUGAUGCUACAAUCAUGGUAUCAAAAAUCAGUCAUCGGUAAACACGUUAUCUUUUUCGUGACACAAUAAGUUACCAUAGCAACAGUAUGACCUGCUAAAAGCACCCUUAAUUACAGCUUUAGGG